AUGGCAAGCGCCCGUCUCGCUUGUUUCUUCGGGGCUGUGUUGCUCUGUUUGGCGCCUUCGUGUUGGAGGACUGCCCUAGCAGAAGAUCACUAUUUCGUUUUUUCGGCUUGCAAGAUAAGUUUCGGCCGAAUUCGGGCCACAGUCCACCCUGGUGAUACUGUGACGAUGCAGUGUCCCGGCGCGAUCUCAUCCAACCCCGCAGAUGUCUCCAAGUACGCAUGCCCCGGGGAGGACCCGAACUGCACGGAAACAACAAGAGCAAGCUAUCAAACCUUGUUCCCUAAGGCGCCGGCAGAUUUCGAGUUUUGGAGCGGGAGCGACAGUAUGGAAAGCCUCGGCGUGCUCCACAUUCCUCCGGAAACUGACGAAAUCACGAUCAGCUACUCGUGGCAAGCGGCUCUCAGCCGUAGCACAGGACAUGCCGCAGAAAGCCGCCUAAUCCUUGACAUUGAGAAGUCAGAAGAGGAGGUUGUGCGCACGCGUAUACCAUCGGGUGGGGCGUUACCCGGAUGUGAGUUGCCGUCUCUCCUUGCUCUCUUCCUUGCAGUGGUUUCUGCAAUAGCAAUGCACUAG